AGUAAUUUGCCAACGAGCUGUUUGGAUCUCAAGAGAUACCGAAACUGCAACUACUGACAUUCAAUUCAAGCGUUGUUUCUAGUCGUGUCUAAUUCAGCCGAUUUGGUCCUUCGGGCGCUACGAUCCGACCAAUUGCGCUUCUAAUACGGUCCCGUAACCUUGACAAAUUCGAAUAAUUGCGCUGGUUAGGAGAGUUUCGCACGCAUUCGGAUUUUCACUUGUAGCGGCAGUCGGGAAACACAUUUUCACGAUGAAAAACAUGGAAGCUAUACAGUUUGACCUGUCUAAGAAGAGUUUGAACCACGUUGAACUGCCAGUGCCUUCCAUAACUGAUCCCAAGCAUUUAUUGAUCAGAGUUUCGUAUGCUGGGAUAUGUGGAACAGAUCUACAUAUAAUUCAGGGAGAAUUUCCAUGCAACCCAGAUCGUCCACUUAUUCUUGGACAUGAAUUUUCAGGAACUGUAGAAGAAGUUGGACCAGAAGUUUCAGAUUUUAAGAAAGGAGACAAAGUUAGCGUAGAUCCGAAUAUAGGAUGCGAAAAAUGUAAUUUUUGUCACGAUGGGAAUCCUCAUUUCUGCAAGAAGGGCGGAAUCAACACUACAAUUGGUAUAUUCAAAGAUGGAGGAUGGGCAGACUACGUCGUUUGUCCAGAAUCACAAGUCCACAAACUUCCAGAGACUAUAACUUUAGAACAAGCUGCUCUAUGUGAACCUUUAUCAUGUCUAUCACACGGAUGGGACUUAGCUAGUCCAAUCAAAGUAGGAAAAAAUAUUCUGAUCACUGGAGCUGGUAUUAUAGGUAAUCUGUGGGCUUGUGCUCUACAUCUACAUGGCCAUCGAAAGGUGACAAUCUCAGAGCCAAACCAAUCCAGAUUGAACGGCUUGAAGAAAUUAAAUCUUGGUUUCACUCUCAUCACACCUGAUCAACUCAAGAAGAAACAAGCAGAAGAUUCCGAGUUCUUGUUCGAUUUCAUCAUUGAAUGCAGUGGAUAUCCACCUGCGAUUGAACAUGGUAUAAGUCUCUUGAAUCAAGGAGGAAAACUCGUUAUUUUUGGUGUAGCACCACCCCAUGGAAGAAUAUCGAUUUCUCCUUAUGAAAUUUAUGCUAAAGAAUUAAAAAUAAUUGGAGUGAAUAUAAAUCCUUACAGCUAUCCGAACUCCAUAGGAAUGGUUGAAGCAAUGGGAGAUAGAUACCUGAACUACGACAGUCUAGGCAUUAAAGUUUUUUCACUGAAAGAAUAUCAGGAUGCCAUAAAAGCACUGAAAGAAGGAUCUAUAUCCAAAGCUAUCUUCAAAAUGUGAUAUAUCCUGUUUGAAUGUGUUAACACAGUAAAAAUUAUAUUUUUCUCAUUUU